AUGGCCACCGACCUCGCCAUGAGCGCAGAGCUGCCCAAUAGCCCACUGGCCAUCGAGUACGUCAACGACUUCGACCUAAUGAAGUUCGAAGUAAAAAAGGAACCUCCAGAGGCUGACCGUUACUGCCACCGCCUCCCCCCGGGAUCCCUCUCCUCCACCCCGAUUAGCACGCCCUGCUCCUCCGUGCCUUCCUCGCCCAGCUUCUGCGCCCCCAGCCCCGGUGGCCAGUCAAGCCAAAACCUGGCCAACGGCGUCAACAGCAACAACAGCGGCAGCAGCAACACCCAGAGCGUUGGCGGUAAGCCACAGUUGGAGGACCUGUACUGGAUCCCCAGCUACCAGCACCACAUCAACCCCGAAGCCCUCAACCUGACCCCCGAGGAUGCGGUGGAGGCCCUCAUCGGCAACGCCCAUCACCACCAUCACCACCACCAGGGCUACGAGGGCUUCCGCGGCCAGCAGUAUGUUGGGGAGGAUCUAUCCGCGACCUCCGCCGGUCACCAUCACCAGGCCCACCAUCACCACCACCACCACGGACACCGCCUCGAGGACCGCUUCUCGGACGAGCAGCUGGUCAGUAUGACAGUGCGCGAGCUCAACCGGCAACUGAGGGGGUUCAGUAAAGAGGAGGUGAUCCGCCUAAAGCAGAAGAGACGCACGCUCAAGAACCGAGGUUACGCGCAGUCCUGCCGCUACAAGCGCGUGCAGCAGAGGCACAUGCUGGAGAGCGAGAAGUGCACGCUCCUGAGCCAGGUGGAACAGCUGAAGCAGGACGUUGCGCGCUUGGCCAAAGAGCGGGACCUCUACAAGGAGAAGUACGACAAGCUGGCGAGCCGAAGCUACAGCGGUUGCGGGCCCGGUAACAACAACAGAGACCCCUCCAACGGAAACCACGGGAAACUGGCCUCCACGGAAUUCUUCAUGUAA